AUGGCUAUCUCUAACUUGGCGAGUGCAGACUUCAUCAAAGGCACGCUAGAUACCACUGGGAUCACUUUGUUUGGCUACGGCUCAGGCACCAAUGGGGCGCCUGUCUUUGAUGCCAAUGGACUCGCAUAUAUAGGAAAGACUCCUCUCGAUGGUGCUGCCGGUACUCAAACAAACAUAACCGUCACCCCUUCGAGCGAUAUCUCCAAACCCUGGCAAGUUCACGCCAAUUCAAGUACAACAAGUUUCAACAAGAUACUAGAUUUUAACGAUAUAUUAUACAUGUAUAUCAUCCCCAGUUCAGCCAGCUUCGAACAAGUCGGCUUUGCGACAAUCUCUGAUGUUCCGGCCGGUGGUGUCACAACUGGGUUCACUUUGUUUGGAAAAUCUGUUGCAUACGCCGCAAGUGAAUCGAGCUACCAACUUGGGUUCUGGGCACUUGCGACAAACACCACUGGUGUGUAUGGGUUGUACUGGAACGCGGGAACUGCUCUCGAGGGAGCUUUCCCCGUGACAAUAAAGAGCACACCCCCAACAGUUGUUUGA